UAAUUUAUCCAGAUUAAAUUUCCUUUUCUCACUAGAAAAAAAAACAGUUUUAAUCGGAGAAGACGUGCUCCUUAAGAGAAGUAUAUUGUUUAAGCUGCUUUAAUGGUUUGUAUGGUGGGGUUAUAGAUUCUUUAUCUACAGAGAAACAGUAUUAAUCAGUACAGUAAACAAGUCACACCACUUCAAAUACUUGGUGUUAUUGUUGGAUGGGAUUUAGUUUCAGUCGCCAUGAGGAAGUCAUUCAAGGAUUCCUUUAAAGCUCUUCAAGCUGAUAUUCAACAUGCAAAUAGCUUGGCUUCAUUUUAUCCGAGAGAAUAUGAUGGUGUUUACAUUCAGAUGAGAUUAUCAUACAGUCCAGCUGCUCGCUUAUUCCUAUUUUUUGUUCAGUGGGCCGAUUUCAACCUCGCUGGUGCCCUUGGAUUGCUAAGAAUCUUUAUUUACAAGGCUUAUGUUGACGGAAAAACUACCAUGUGCAUACAAGAAAAAACAGCUAGUAUUAGAGAAUUUUACGCUGUCAUCUUUCCCUCUUUAUUGCAACUUGAAAGAGGAAUAAGUGAUGCGGAGGAUCAAAAGCAGAAGGAAAUUUGUGCUACCAAAUACAAGAAACUGGUCGACACGGACUCAUCCAAAAUGUCUGAGAUUGAUCAAGAGAGAGAAGAGGAGUGUGGGAUUUGCAUGGAGAUGAACUUUAAGGUUGUCUUACCAAACUGCAACCACUCGUUGUGUAUGAACUGCUAUCGUGAUUGGCAUGCACGGUCUAAAUCGUGCCCAUUCUGUCGUGACAGUCUUAAAAGAGUAGACUCAGCAGACCUUUGGAUAUUCACGGACAGCCGUGAAAUUAUAGACACAUCUUCAAUGUGCAAAGAAAAUAUAAAGAGGCUAUUCAUGUAUGUAGAUAAGUUACCUGCUGCUCUUCCGGAUCCUCAUGUAUGUAUUUCUACUUAUGAUUCUUCUCGUCAACACAAGUGACAAAUGGCUCUUUUCAAGGAGUUGAAAGCAACAAUUUGUGAAUAGAAAAUCUUUCUGUACAUAGAAAUUGGAAUUACGAUGAUUCAUUGAUUUGCUUCAGUACUGGUUUAUAGAACCAAACAUUUGUAUAUACUUGUUACAUAUACUGUAUUUAAUCGCUCUUGUUUUUAUUUGUGCUGAUUCAAUAUAUAAACUUAUCAUAGACUAUUGUAUUU